AUGGAGGAAGACACCGAAUUACCGCUCAUUCUAGGAAGACCAUUCCUUGCCACCGCUCACGUAAUGGUGGAUAUGAGUGAUGGGAAACUAACAUUGAGAGUCGUGGACAAAGAGAUGAAAUUCGGGGUUGGGAAAAGAGUAGAAGACGACCCGGUCAACUACAUGGAUGUCAUAGACUCAAGCUUGGAUGACGCUCUCCGACGGUGCAACACGGGAUGCGAGACAUCCCGCUCGGACACCAUGGUUUCUUCUUCAGACACAGGAGUAUCAGACACACUAGACCCCAUGGCAGUUGUGUCAGAUGACGAGAUACCAUCAGAGGGAGACGUAUACACCUUGGACACUACGAGUACAGAUGACGACGAUUUUCAGCCCUUCGCGCUGCCAGACAUCGGAGUUGAGAUCCAGCCUGCUGAUGGCAUUCCUGCUGGGGAUUUACCUCUUGCGGUAAUCCCUGCUCCCAUUCCGCUUGCUGCUUUCCCCGUGGUGGAUGCGCCACUCGAUGUCGUAUCUGAUGACAACAUUGAUCUGUUCGAGGAGGCUCCGCCUGAGGACGACUAUGAGGGCGGGGCCCCGAUUGAUGCCGACGUUAUCCUUCCUAUUGCUGAGGCCCCUGUAGAGGAGCUUCCUGUUGCUUCACCUGUCCCGGACUCGUUGGAGUCUGUGGCAUCUGCGUCUUUGCACGACCAUAAUGUGCAGCAUCACCCUUCUGACGCCGACCUCGACAUGGCGAUGUCAGGUGCACCCGGUCCAUCACACGAGUUCGAGUUUGACCAUGAGGUCGAUGAUAAUUUUGAUCAAGUCUUUCCCCCUGAUUUCAAUCCUGACCAUGAUAUCGAGUUUAUUCAUAUGGACCAGCCCUUAGAGGCGCCCGUAGCUCCCAUUGAUCCGUUAUUUGACAUCCCUGCAGAUUUUGAUAUGGAUCUUGUUAACCCCGAGCCCGUCAUGGCCCCAGAGCCUGUUGUUGACCAUGACCCCGUUCUUGAUGAUGCCCCAGCUGUUGCGCCGCCUGAUAUGGGUGCACCGACCAUUGCACCUCUUGUUGAUGAUAUACCCAUUGCUGACCUUCCCGUCAUUGCUCCACCAUUGGUGGAUGAUCCUGUUGUCGAUAUACCAUUACUUGAUCCCGUGCCGGCAUUGCCUGACCGUGCACCUUUCGCCGCACGCAUAGAUCCUCGUUAUGCUGACACCCGCAAUGGGUGGAUCGAGGAUGAUGACGAUUACCCACCGUUUGUGCUACCUGUCACUCCCCCAGUAGCACCUGUUUCUGCACCCACUGAUAUUCCAUUGUUUCCCCCACACACCACUGACGUUCAUCGCACUGAUCUUCCCAUUACGUUCCACCAGGACAUACCGCCACCUCGUCCUGGAGAGGGGUCAUCGAGGCAGCCGCCUGUUUCUGUUCCACCCAUGACUAGAUAG